CACAUUCAUUGCAUCUUAGCUGUGGUGCUGCUUGAAACUUGACACAAGUAUAUAACACAAUCAACAAGACAAUCAAGUGGGUUUUUUUAACAUCAUCUUCUGCUGCAACAAGUGUCAGAAAUCUCACACAACCGCUUUCAAAUGGUUUAUCACAACAUUGUUGUGUCAGCAGCUGUUGCACACUUUUCUCCUGUUGUUCUGCUCCGCACACAUUCAUCACCAUUUCACUUCAAUAUUCCCAGAAGUGAGGCAGGGAGGAUAAAAUUUACCUGCUCUGUGGAGGAGCAGCAUGUAUGGAAUAAUACAGUAGGGGUUAGAAAAGCAAUAUCAGGGCUUGCUGCUUCUUUUGUGCUUCUCUCACAGACAAGCCAGGUUUUGGGGGCAGAUCUUCCUCAUCCUCAGAAUGUAUAUGGACUUGCAAAUGCCUCUGAUAAUUUGCCAACUCUACCACUUGAUAUCAUGCCUGAAGAGAAAUUAGGGAUGAUGAUGAUGACAAAAGGUAUGACAGCAAAGAACUUUGAUCCCGUAAGAUAUUCAGGGAGAUGGUUUGAAGUCGCUUCACUCAAGCGUGGGUUUGCAGGAGCAGGACAAGAAGAUUGUCACUGCACGCAGGGUGUGUAUACAUUUAACGAGAAAAAAGCUGCAAUCCAGGUUGAUACCUUUUGUGUUCAUGGGGGUCCAGAUGGAUACAUCACUGGUAUAAGGGGUAAUGUUCAGUGUAUCUCAGAUGAAGAUCUGGAGAUGAGCGAAACAGAUCUAGAAAAGCUAGAAAUGGUAAAAGGGAAGUGCUAUCUACGAUUUCCGACAUUGCCGUUCAUUCCCAAGGAGCCUUAUGAUGUCAUUGCUACUGAUUAUGACAAUUAUGCUCUUGUAUCAGGGGCCAAAGACAAAAGCUUUAUUCAGAUAUACUCGAGGACACCUAAUCCUGGUCCAGAGUUUAUUGAGAAAUACAAGCUUUACUUGGCAGACUUUGGUUACGAUCCUAAUAAAAUCAAAGACACCCCACAAGAUUGUGACGUGUCUGAUAGUAGGCUGGCGGCAAUGAUGUCUAUGAACGGAAACCAGCAAGCCCUAACAAAUCAGUUUCCUGAUUUAGAGUUAAAAUCUGCAGUUGCAUUUGACCCAUUUACAAGUGUCUUUGAUACACUGAAGAAACUCAUUCAGCUUUAUUUCAAGUAACAAUAUAGUUUCUCUAACCUUUGGUUCGCUUCUGUAAAUUGUGACACGGAGAUGAUACCAAUCUGUGAACUGUAGUACACCGCUUGAGCUUCAUUCUUUCAUGAAACAUGAUUUUUUAUUUA